AUGCUAGACAAGAUUAUUUCUCCCUUCCAAAGUGCCUUUGUGCCUGGGAGGUUGAUUUCAGAUAACAUCCUGGUGGCUUACGAGGCCCUCCACACCAUGAGUUCGCGAAUGAAAGGGAAUAAGGGCUUUAAGGCUAUCAAGCUCAACAUGUCUAAAGCUUACGACCGGGUCGAGUGGAGUUUUUUAGAGGCUAUGAUGCUCAGGCUGGGCUUUGCGGUUCAGUGGGUGCAACUCAUAAUGCGGUGUGUUUCCUCGGUUUCUUAUGCUGUUCUCCUAAAUGGGUCUCCCUUCGACGUUUUCUCUCCUUCACGGGGCCUAAGGCAAGGAGACCAUUUAUCCCCAUAUCUUUUUCUGCUGUGUGCGGAGGGUUUAAGCUCGUUGUUGAGCAAAGCCUGCCAUGAUGGGCUCAUCUCGGGGGCCCCAAUCUCAGCUAGAGGUGUGCAUCUCAGUCACCUUCUUUUUGCGGAUGAUAGCUUGUUGUUUUGUAGGUCUAAUUGGAAUGAAUGGAGAGUUAUUUCCCAACUCCUGCAGUGGUAUGAAAUGGCCUUAGGCUAG